GGCCGGGGGCCCGGGUACUAGCCCCCUCCGGGAGAGCGGGGUCCGGGCCUAAUCCCGGCCGGGAGCCCGGGUACUAACCCGCCCGAGAGAGCGGGGUCCGGGCACUAAUCCCCCGUCUAAGAGAGAGUCGGGGCCUCGGUCCUCGGUCCUCAGGUCGGGCUCUGGGCUGUCGGCCGCGGCGAUGCUGAAAAAGCUUGUGUCCGGCUGGAACCGCUAUAAAUACCGGCUGGUGCCCUGGAUCGCCCUGAACCUGUGGAAAAACCAAAGGACACUACGAUUUGUUGCAAAAGAUUCUUUGGAUAAAGUUAUUUCUGAUCAAGUGGUUGAGACAUCAUUGCUGAAGCUAUUUCGUACUUUGUUCUUGAGUGAUUUGAGCAAUCAAGCUGAGUUUCUUAACCUGCUGCCAGAAAAUAGCCGAUCGAAAUACCAUGAUAUGUUAACAAAUUUUCGGUCAAUUAAAGAAACUGAGAAAGAAACAAAAGGAAAUGGAAUGGAUUUGAACCCUGAUGAGGCAAUGUUUGAAACGCUUGGAUUCGUUAUCAAUCGAGCAACCAGUUCGCUUUCCUUUGCAGGAAGAGGGGUGUUUGUUACGACAGGAAAGGUGCCUAAAGGAACAGUUGUUUGCAUGUAUCCUGGUACUGUCUACCAGCAAUAUGAGCCAAUCCUUUUCCAGUCUAUUUGCAACCCAUUCAUUUUUCGAUGUAUAGAUGGUGUGUUGAUUGAUGGGAAUGAUAAAGGAAUUUCUAAAGUUAUUUAUAGAUCAUGCAAUGGGCGGGACAGGCUUGGUCCUUAUAAAAUAAGCGAUGCCACUUGGCUUUCAGAAACCCCUGUCAAUCCAUUAGCUGUGGGUCAAUAUGUCAACAACUGUUCUAAUGUUCACGUUCACAGUCUGGGAUAUAACUCAACAGAUGGUGGUUUCACCUGGAACAGUAAUCAUUUUACAUUAUCUCCGCAACCACAGGAGAUUACAGAGAAAGCAGCUAAUGUAUGUUAUCAGGAGUUUGAUGUUCCUACAGCAUUUCCUGUCGAGCUCCGUCAAUAUAUUCCAAAUGUUAACUAUGGUCACAAUGUGGAAAGGCCUUUGCGCUGUGUGGUGCUUGUGGCACUUAGAGACAUAGAGAAGGGAGAAGAGCUCUUUUCUAAUUACUACACUGUAGUACUUUGAAAAACCAGGACAUGAGUGACAUCAGGAGCUUCAUCCCAAGCAGCGUGGAUUUUCACAUUUUAUUCAUUGAUGCUAAAUUUUCCAAUUAUUUCUUUACGAACAGCUUUUUAAUAAGAGUUACAUUGUUAUUUGGAUGAGAGAGGAAUAGCCCCCUCUUGAAACGCAUGUAACUUUUGCAUAAACAAAUUAACUACUCCUUUGUAUUAACAUGUAGCGAAUAGUGCAAGUACAAUUUGACUUAAACUAA